AUGGGAGCCUAUUGUGGAGCAAUGGUUGGCCUAAACUCCAUGAGUAGCAUGCUUUAUGGAGCCAUCACGGGGUGCAUUCUUUCCAUUGAAGUUCUUAGAAAAUCAUUUGUUCUUUGGGAUUCUGAUGAUUGGGCAAUUGUGUUCUUCAUUCAUUUCGUUGAAACAGAUUCAAUCAUCCUGAAUGAAAGAAUAGAAAGGCUUAGUUCACACAGCACAGUUUGCAGAAACGGAAAAUCAAUGCUGAAAAUUCCAAAUAAGAGAUUUACAGGCAAAAACAUAGUGGACACCUUAUGGAAUGGACCUACCUGCUCAAUCUGCCUUCAGGACUUCCAAAAGGGGGAAAUGGAAAACGCCUUUUAUGCUUGA